CACACUUCCCAUUAACAUUUACUAUGGCCAAGACUGCUUCAGCAAAGGCUACCAAGGCCACCACAAAGGUAUCAAAGUCCUCAAAGGCUUCCAAGAAGUCCGAGCCCGUUAAGCAGAAGAUUGAGGAGUCCUCCUCUUCUUCUUCCAGCGAGUCUGACUCCAGCAGCAGCGACUCCGAGUCUGAGGAAGAGACCAAGAAGGUUACCAAGAAGGUCACCAAGAAGGUCACCAAGAAGGCCGCCAAGAAGGAAGAGUCUUCUGACUCUAGCUCCUCCGAUCCGAGGAGGAAGUUGCCAAGAAGGAAGAGUCUGAUGACAGCAGCAGCGAAAGCGAAGACGAAAAGGAGGAAGCCAAGAAGAGCGACUCUGAUUCCUCCAGCAGCGACUCUGAAUCCGAGGAGGAUGAAGAUAUGGCUGAAGCUACCACCAACGGUAAGCGCAAGGCUGAUACCGAGGCUGAGAACCCUGCUAAGGUUGCCAAGGUUGAAUCCGACGAAAUCCACACCAUCUGGAUUGGUGGAUUGGAUUACAAUGCUACCAACGAUGAUGUUAAGCAACUCUUUGCUGAGUGCGGUACCGUCAUUGAUGCCCGUAUUGUUAGCGACAAGAUGACUGGUCGAUCCAAGGGAUACGGUUAUGUUGACUUUGCUGAUGCCGAGACCAAGGAAAAGGCCAAGGAAUACCAUGAGACUGAAUUCAUGGGUCGUCAACUUCGUAUUGAUGAUGCUCCCACCCGUGGUAGCCAACCCCAUGACAAUGGAGCUCAACGCUCCAAGCCCCUCAGCGCCAAAUCUGAUACCGUUUUCUGCGGUAACCUCAGCUUCGAUAUGGACGAUACCACUCUUCGUCAAUCCUUUGAAGAAUACGGUAACGUCAUUGGCGUCCGAUUGCCCACUGACCGCGAAACCGGUAACCUUAAGGGAUACGGUUAUGUCCAAUUUGACAGCGAAGAAGGUGCUGAAGCUGCUAUCAAUGCCAUGAACGGUGCUGAAAUUCUCGGUCGUGCUGUUCGUCUUGACUUUGGUGGUGCUCGACCCCAAAAUGCUGGCGGCCGUGGUGGUUUCGGAGACCGUGGUGGUCGUGGAGGUGCUCGUGGUGGUCGUGGAGGCUUCAACCGACCCUCCGGUCCUUCCGGCACUCACGUCAAGUUCUAAACAAAAAAAAAAAGAACCACUGUAAUUUUUGCAUAAGGCAACUGGUUGCUCUAUUUCCAUGUUCCAUCAUUCUUCCACCUCUGGGUUCUCUUUGUGUACCAUAUUCCUUCUACUCAUAGCAAUUACCCUCUUCUUACUUUGUUUCAAUCCCAAAUCGUUAUACGUUAGACAUUUUCUGUUUCUUUUGAAUUACCAUCAUUAAAAACUACACAAGUUUUAGUAUUUUUAAAAAAAAAAGGUUUGCCAAGCAAGUCAAGGGCUCCAGUUACGUCAUGGGCUCAU